GCAGAAAGCUAUUUGGACGGAGCCGACCCUCAGGCUCCGGAGUGCGUCCUCUUGUCUACCACAUGAGGUCCUCAUUUUCAAAAUAAACAAAAUGGCGGCGCACAUGAGAUGGGGUCUUCGCCACUUGUUACGGGCAAGAAACACUGCUCAUUUAAGGUUUCCAGACAGCUCAUACCACUCACAGUGCACGACCCGGAGCUUCAGAAAGGCUCAGCCUCAGCCCGGCACGGGAAACACACACCUCUUAAUAAGACCCCUGUCCAUCCAGACUCAGGACACUCCAAACCCCAGGAGCUUGAAGUUUCUCCCCGGUAAACCUGUCCUAGGAACCGGGACGCUUGACUUUCCCUCUCCAAGCUCAGCUGAAUGUUCGUCAUUGGCCAGGAACCUGUUUGAAAUCGAAGGAGUAAAAAGUGUGUUCUUUGGCCCUGACUUCAUUACUGUCACUAAAGCAGAUGAGGAUGUUGAAUGGACAGACAUUAAGCGUAAUGCCUUGGAGGCCAUUGACAGGUUCUUUGAGAGUGGUGACCCGAUAACAACAGGGGCUGUGUACCAUGAAAGCAGCCAUUCUGAAGAUGAUGAUGAUAUUGUUUCCAUGAUAAAGGAGCUUCUGGACACCAGAAUCAGACCUACAGUGCAGGAGGAUGGAGGCGAUGUCAUCUUUAAGGGGUUUGAGGACGGCACGGUCAAGCUCAAGCUGGUUGGUUCCUGCACAGGGUGUCCCAGCUCAACAGUUACUCUAAAGAACGGCAUUCAGAACAUGAUGCAGUUUUAUAUCCCAGAAGUGGAGCAGGUGGAACAGGUGGAAGAUGAAGUGGAUGAAAUCAACGCAAAGGUUUUCACGGAGCUGGAACGGAAACUACAAGAAUAAAAACGUCCUUGAUGUCACACUUAAGAAGAAAAAAUGUUCCACUGUGUAAACACAGCCCCGCAUCAUUUCCACGAAUUAUCCUACAAUCAUAAGAAUGAAGAGACUGUAUAUUAUAACCUGCUAUUUUGUGUGCAUAAUAUAUACUGUUUCACCUGUAAUGUAUAUUAAAAUACUGUAUGCCCGUUACCACAAAAAGGACUGGUUGUUUCAACCUGUCAAAAUGCUCUGCUGUGAUGACUGUAAAUGUUGCAAUGUAUUUAUUUCUUAUAAAUAUGUAUAUUUUGAACUGAUAUUUUAAUAGUAUGGAGAUACUGUCAAAGUUUUUGACAUUGUUUAUGGUCAUUCAGAAUGAAGAUUUGAUAAGAUAUUCCAGUUAUUGCACCCAUAUACCAAAUUAAGCAUAAAUUACCUGUUUUGCUAGUUAAGGUAUCAUCUCUAGGUGAAAUAAAAUGUUACUUAGGCUACAAAUAUUCACCAAGUGGAAGUAGGUUUACAUCAUCCCAUAAAAAUUGUAUGCUAUUUUUACUGUGUUCUCUUUGCUCUGUUCUUGAAAUUUACUGUAUCACAUCAAACAAAGUUCACAGUUUGAAAGCAAA